AUGGCGGGAGACCCCGAAAAGCCAAGCCAGGACAAGCCUGAUGCGCAAGCGGCAGUGGACCUGGAAAAACCCUCGAAAACUGGCUCCUCCGCAGGAUCUACGCCCAGUCAGCGUGAUGAUGUGGACAGGCGAGACACCACGGUGACUGUUCCUGAGCCUGAGAAGGGCUCCGAUCUGGACGCCUCUCUGGCGCAUCUCCCACAGCAUGAACGCGACAUCCUCAAGGAGCAGCUCGAAGUCCCUGAUGUCAAAGUCGGGUAUUUUACUCUCUAUCGAUAUGCGACGGUCAAUGACAUGGUUAUUCUGGUGGUUAGCGCCAUCGCAUCCAUCGCGGGAGGAGCUGCGUUGCCAUUGUUUACGAUUCUUUUUGGCGCAAUGGCCGGAUCCUUUCAGGAUAUCAUCUUAGCUAAAAUAACGUACGAUGAAUUCAACAGCGUUUUGACCAAGAAUGCAUUGUACUUCGUGUAUCUCGGUAUUGCUGAGUUCAUUUUGAUCUACGGUUGCACCGUUGGUUUCAUCUAUACAGGCGAACAUAUCUCUUCAAAGAUCAGAGAAAAAUAUCUCGAUGCAAUUCUACGGCAGAACAUCGCCUUCUUCGACAAACUAGGUGCUGGAGAGAUCACCACACGUAUUACAGCUGAUACCAAUUUAAUCCAAGACGGAAUUUCCGAGAAAGUUGCUUUAACCUUGACCGCCCUGGCAACCUUUAUCACAGCCUUUGUGAUAGGCUUUAUUAAAUACUGGAAACUCACCUUGAUCUGUUGUUCCACUGUUCUGGCCAUUGUGGUCAUUAUGGGCGGUGCUUCUAAGUUUAUCAUCAAAUUUAGUAAGAACAACCUCGAGUGCUAUGGCGAAGGCGGUACAUUAGCCGAGGAAGUAUUGAGCUCCAUCCGAAACACAACUGCCUUUGGGACCCAGAAGCAGCUUGCUGAAAAGUACGAAAGCCAUUUAGAAGAGGCCCAGAAAUGGGGCAUGAAACUUCAAAGAACCAUCGGUUUCCUAAUGGGCGCUAUGAUGUCGAUUGUGUUUUUAAACUACGGUUUAGGUUUCUGGAUGGGUUCGCGUUUCAUUGUCAGCGGGGAAACCCAGCUGUCCCAUAUCAUCACAAUUUUACUCGCGAUCAUUAUUGGCUCGUUCAGUUUGGGAAAUGUUACCCCCAACAGUCAGGCAUUCACAUCCGCCAUAGCUGCUGGUGCCAAAAUAUUCAGUACUAUCGACCGAAAAUCUCCAAUUGACCCGACAUCAAAUGAAGGAAAGAAGCUAGAUCAUGUCCUGGGCAACAUUGAAUUCCGUGAUAUUCGCCACAUCUAUCCCUCCCGCCCUGAGGUCGUCGUUAUGCAGGCGGUAAAUCUAUUUGCACCUGCUGGUACAACUACUGCUCUUGUUGGACCAUCCGGCUCCGGAAAAAGUACUGUUGUUGGUCUUCUUGAGCGGUUUUACAACCCUGUGGGAGGCUCUAUUCUUCUAGAUGGCCACAAUAUCAAGACCCUCAAUUUAAAAUGGCUUCGGCAACAAAUCUCUUUAGUCAGCCAGGAACCAACGCUUUUCGGCACCAGCAUCUAUAAUAAUAUCAAACAAGGCCUUAUUGGCUCAGUCUUUGAGCAGGAAUCCGAGGAGAGUAUUGGCCAGCGUAUCGAAAACGCCGCAAAAAUGGCAAAUGCGCAUGAUUUCAUUAUGGGAUUGCCCGACAAAUAUGAAACUCAAGUUGGAGAACGUGGUUUCCUCCUCUCUGGUGGCCAGAAACAGAGGAUUGCCAUCGCUCGUGCGGUUGUGAGCGAUCCCAAAAUUCUUUUGCUCGAUGAAGCUACUUCCGCUCUAGAUACAAAAUCCGAGGGAGUCGUGCAAGCGGCAUUGGAUGAAGCUGCGAAAGGAAGAACAACUCUUGUUAUUGCUCAUCGUCUAUCAACUAUCAAGACCGCUGAUAAUAUUGUUGUCCUUGUCGAUGGUCGUAUUGUUGAACAGGGAACUCAUGAUGAGCUAGUUGAGCGAGAUGGAACUUACCUUCGGCUUGUGGAAGCCCAAAAGAUCAAUGAAGCGCGUGAUUCAGAAGCAGCCGGGGACUCCGAUGAUACUGGAGAAGAAUCGGUCGAGGACAAUGGCAUCGGCCUUCAGAAGACUCGUUCGUAUGCCAGCAACUCCGGAAGGUUCGCAAAUGAAAACCUGGAUUUAGAGCUUAAAAAAACCGAAACGAAGAAAUCUCUGUCAAGUGUUGUUCUGUCGAAGCGUGAACCCGAAAAAACGAAAGAUUAUUCCCUGGGCACAUUAAUAAAAUUCAUAUCCUCGUUUAAUGCCCAAGAAUGGAAGCUGAUGGUUGCAGGUCUUUGCGUUUCAAUUAUCUGUGGUGGAGGUCAGCCAACCAUGGGUAUUCUUUUUGCCAAAUGUAUUUCAGCCCUGGCACUACCACCACCUCUAUACGGGAAGCUUCGAGACGAGGCAAAUUUCUGGAGUUUAAUGUUCUUGAUGUUGGGACUUGUUAUGUUCAUUUCUUACAGUACGCAGGGAACUUUGUUCGCAAUUUGCUCUGAAAAACUUAUUUUCAGGGCAAGAAGCAACGCUUUCAAGUCAAUGCUUCGACAAGAUAUUGCAUUUUUCGACAAAGAAGAGAACAGUACCGGAGCGUUGACUUCGUUUCUUUCUACAGAAACGAAGCAUUUAUCUGGUAUUAGCGGUAUUACUCUCGGAACUAUCCUCCUCGUCUCUACCACGCUGGUUGCGUCUAUGGUGGUGGCUCUUGCUAUUGGCUGGAAGCUUGCCCUGGUUUGCAUGUCUUGUGUCCCUGUUCUUCUGGCUUGCGGCUUCUGGAGAUUCUUCAUUCUGGCUUCGUUUCAGAGGAGAGCCAAAAAGGCUUACGAGAAAUCUGCCAGCUAUGCUUGCGAGGCGACUUCUGCUAUUCGCACAGUUGCCUCCCUUACUCGUGAGCCAGACGUCGCCGAUACUUAUCAUGGACAGCUGGUUAUCCAAGGAAGGAGAAGUUUGAUGUCCAUCUUGAAGUCGUCCACACUCUAUGCCGCCUCACAAUCCUUCCUGUUUUUCGUUCUUGCGCUUGGAUUCUGGUAUGGAGGCACAUUACUAGGCAAGGGUGAAUAUACCUUGUUCCAGUUCUUUGUGGCAUUUUCAGAAAUCAUUUUUGGUGCACAGUCUGCUGGAACAGUUUUUUCUUUCGCACCUGAUAUGGGCAAAGCGAAGAGCGCUGCUGCAGACUUCAAGCAGCUGUUUGACAGAAGACCUCCCAUUGAUACGGAAUCCGACGACGGCGAUGAUGUGCCCCCUAUUCAAGGUACAAUCGAGUUCCGUGACGUGCACUUUAGAUACCCCACACGACCAGAACAGCCCGUAUUACGAGGCCUUGAUCUAACUGUCAAGCCCGGACAGUACAUCGCUCUGGUAGGUCCUAGUGGGUGUGGAAAGAGUACGACGAUCGCUUUAUUGGAGCGUUUUUAUGACGCUCUUUCUGGUGGUGUCUAUGUCGACGGAACCGAUAUCACUAGGUGGAACGUGAAGGCCUACAGACGCUAUUUGGCUCUCGUCAGUCAAGAGCCAACCCUUUACCAGGGUACUAUCAGAGAAAAUAUUCUUUUGGGUAUCGAUAGUGGUGCCUCUGAAGAGGACAUUAUCGAAGCGUGCAAAGCGGCGAACAUCUAUGACUUUAUUAUGUCUCUUCCGAAGGGACUCUCCACGAUUGUAGGCAGUAAAGGAAGCAUGCUUUCUGGCGGACAAAAACAACGUAUUGCCAUUGCUCGCGCCUUGAUUCGAAACCCUCAAAUUCUUCUUCUCGAUGAAGCAACCUCUGCCCUUGACUCUGAGUCCGAAAAGGUUGUCCAGGCUGCCCUUGAUGCUGCAGCAAAAGGCCGCACGACAAUUGCUGUUGCUCACAGACUCAGCACAAUUCAAAAGGCAGACAUCAUCUACGUCUUUGGCCAGGGCCGCAUUGUUGAGAGCGGAACGCACUCCGAGCUUCUUGCGAAGAAGGGCCGAUACUACGAGCUUGUCAACUUACAGAGCUUGGGCAAAACUCAUUAG